AACGGUUAGCGACAGUUUUAAAACCGCCUCUAAUUCUUAAAUUCUGGAGGGAAGAUCAGAGCCAGAAACGGAAGCGCAGAAAAAAUGGGACGCCGACGCACACUCUGUAUUCUGUUUUGCUUUCUAAAUCUUCUAAUUCUGGAAAUCGUUGUCGCAGUCCAGAUUCUCUCAAAGUCGAAGCUCGAGAAGUGUGAGAAGAGUACUGCCGCCGCCGACGGCCACUUGAACUGCACCACCAAGAUCGUCCUCAACAUGGCCGUUCCUAGCGGUUCAAGUGGAGGAGAGUCCUCCAUUGUUGCAGAAGUAGUGGAGGUGGAGGAGAAUUCGACGAACAAAAUGCAGACAUUUCGGAUACCUCCGGUGAUAACCGUCAACAAAUCUGCCGCAUAUGCGCUGUAUCAAUUGACAUACAUACGAGAUGUUCCUUAUAAACCUCAAGAAUUAUAUGUUAAGACUCGCAAGUGUGAGCGUGAUGCUGGUGCUGAUGUUGUGAAGAUAUGUUGCGAGACGAGGAUGGUCACAUCAUUGAACAUACUGAGCCAAUAUGUUGUCCUUGUGGGCCUCAAAGGCGAGUACCAUCAUCAUGUGGAAAUUUCUGUAUUUGACAAAAUGCUCAAAGGAAAGGCUAAUACUGCACAUUGUCUCCGAUUUCCAGGUGAUUGGUUCCAUGUUUAUGGUAUUGGACAGCAGUCACUAGGAUUCAGUGUCCGGAUUGAGGUGAAGACUGGAUCUAAAGUUUCGGAAGUGAUAGUUGGUCCAGAAAAUAGAACAGCAAUGUCCAAUGACAAUUUUCUAAGGGUGAGUUUAGUUGGAGACUUUGUUGGAUACACAAAUAUUCCGACAUUUGAGGACUUCUAUCUUGUCAUUCCAAGGCAGGGUGGUCCAGGUCAACCUGAAAACUUGGGAAUGAAUUACUCUAUGUGGAUGCUGCUUGAGAGAGUGAGGUUUACUUUAGAUGGUGUUGAGUGUAACAAAAUUGGGGUCACUUAUGAGGCUUUCAAUGGUCAGCCAAACUUCUGCUCUUCACCAUUUUGGAGCUGCUUGCACAAUCAGUUGUGGAAUUUCUGGGAAGCUGACCAGAAUCGAAUCAGUAGGAAUCAAGUGCCACUGUAUGGUGUGCAAGGGAGGUUUGAAAGGAUAAACCAGCAUCCAAAUGCAGGGUCUCAUUCAUUCUCCAUAGGAAUCACUGAAGUCCUUAACACAAACCUAUUGGUAGAAAUAAGUGCUGAUGAUAUAGAAUAUGUUUAUCAGAGGAGUCCUGGAAAAAUCGUAAGUGUCACAAUACCCACAUUUGAAGCCCUCACUCAAUUUGGAGUUGCCACAAUCACAGCUAAGAAUACUGGUGAAGUGGAAGCAUCAUAUAGCUUAACGUUUGACUGCUCAAAAGGAGUUGCACCUAUGGAGGAGCAAUUCUUCAUAAUGAAGCCAAAAGAGAUUUCAACUCAAUCAUUUAAGCUCUAUCCAACCACAGACCAAGCAGCAAAAUAUGUUUGUGCAGCUAUAUUAAAGGACUCUGAUUUUAAUGAGGUUGAUAGAGCCGAGUGCCAGUUUACUACUACAGCUACUGUUCCGGAUAAUGGAUCACAGAUUAAUCCCUUUCAACCACCAAAGAUGGGAAUAAAUGGUAUCUUUGAAUCUAUCAAAAACAUUUGGCGAAAACUAUGGGAAGCUCUGGUAGAUUUCAUCACUGGCAAAACUUGCAGAAGGAAAUGCUCGGGGUUUUUUGACUUCAGCUGCCACAUGCAGUAUGUAUGUAUGAGUUGGAUACUGCUCUUUGGUCUACUUUUGGCAAUUUUUCCAACAGUGCUUGUGCUUGUAUGGCUUUUACAUCAGAAGGGAUUCUUUGACCCUCUUUAUGACUGGUGGGAAGAUCAUUUUUGGGCUGAUAAUCAAAUAAUCCGAGACACAAGGAGGCAUAGUAUUGGUGAUAACCACCACCAUGUUCGUGUUAAGAAGCAUCAUGAGCACAAGUACAGGCACCACAAACAUGGUUCUCAUUAUAAGCGAAGUAGCAUUCAACAUGGGCACAGGCAUAAUCAUUCAGGAAUGGAUAAUGAAUAUUAUUAUUAUCUCCACCAUGUUCACAAGGACAAGCACAAGCAUCGACGAUCCAGGAAUACAAGAAGCACACACCAAGCCUACUUGGACAGGAGGGAGAUUGAUGGUGUAAGCCAACGCAGAUGCAGAAAAGAAAGAAUGGAGUACCUCUAAAGAUGACAUAGUGAAGAAUCAGAAGAUGAAUUUUGAAGUAAAGAAUUGGCUGCUAGAUGGGGCAUGUUUCGUAUAAGAAGUAUAUCAGCCCGAAUAUCUGUAUCUCUGUUCCUCUCUUAUUUUUAAAUAGAAAACCAAAAAUUCU